AUGAAGAGGAUGGCAUCGCCAUGCUGUGAUAAAGCACCAAGCUCGAAAAAGAAAAACGAUAAGAAAAUGACAUCUAAAGAAGAAUAUAGGUUAAUGACUAAUAUAAUGGGAGUGAUGAAUAACUUAAGGAAACAGGGGAUCCUGUGUGAUGUCAUACUGGUGGUACAGGGAAAACACAUCCUUGCUCAUAGAGUGGUUCUGGCGGCUGCAAGCCACUUCUUCAACCUCAUGUUUACAACCAACAUGAUGGAAGCCACAAACCAUGAGGUGGAACUUGGGGGUGCCGAGCCUGAGAUCAUUGAGCUGCUGGUGGAAUUUGUGUACACAGCUCGCAUUUCAGUCAACAGCAACAACGUCCAGUCUCUGCUUAAUGCUGCUAACCAGUAUCAGAUAGAACCAGUAAAGAAAAUGUGUGUGGAUUUUCUGAAAGAUCAAGUGGAUGCAACUAACUGUCUAGGUAUUAGUGCGUUAGCCGAGUGCCUUAACUGUCCGGAGCUGAAAACAGCUGCAGACGAGUUUAUCUACCAGCACUUUACAGAUGUGUAUAAAAUGGACGAGUUCCUGCAGCUGGACGUGAAGCAAGUCACACAUCUGCUCCACCAGGACAUGCUGACUGUUAGAGCAGAGGACCAGAUCUACGACGCAGCUGUGCGGUGGUUAAAAUAUGACGUGUUGAAUCGGCAGAAAUACAUCGUGGACAUACUGAGCAAAGUGCGCUUCCCGCUAGUGUCCAAAAACUUCCUAAGUAAGACAGUGCAGGCUGAGCCUCUGAUCCAGGACAACCCUGAGUGCCUCAAAAUGGUCAUCUGUGGAAUGCGGUAUCAUCUCCUUUCCCCUGAGGAUAGAGAGGAACUGGGUGAGAGCAGUCGGCCACGUCGAAAAAAGCACGACUUCCGUAUUGCUUUGUUUGGCGGCUCACAGCCACAAUCCUGCCGCUACUUUAACCCCAAGGACUACAGCUGGACUGACAUCCGCUGCCCGUUUGAGAAACGGCGAGAUGCAGCAGCAGUUUUUUGGGACAACGUGGUCUACAUCCUAGGAGGCUCGCAGCUCUUCCCUAUCAAAAGGAUGGACUGUUACAAUGUGGUGAAGGACAGCUGGUAUUCGAAACUCGGCCCUCCUAACCCCAGAGACAGUUUGGCAGCCUGUGCCUCCAAAGGCAAGAUCUACACCUCAGGAGGCUCAGAAGUGGGGAGCUCAGCACUAAACCUGUUUGAGUGCUAUGACACUCGGAUGGAGACGUGGCAGAACAAACCCAGCAUGCUACAGCCGCGGUGCAGCCAUGGCUCAGUGGAGGCUAAUGGACUCAUCUAUGUGUGCGGAGGAAGUUUGGGGAAUAACGUCUCCGGUAGAGUCCUCAAUAACUGUGAGGUGUACGACCCCAACACAGAGGAAUGGAGGGUAUUAUGUGGCAUGAGGGAAGGCAGGAAAAACCAUGGCUUGGUAGUGGCUAACUCAAGGAUCUAUGCUGUGGGUGGACAGAAUGGCCUUGGUGGUCUGGACUCAGUGGAGUAUUAUGAAAUAGGCAGUAAUGAGUGGAGAAUGGCCUCACCGAUGCCGUGGAGAGGUGUAACAGUAAAGUGUGCAGCUGUGGGUUCGGUCAUCUACGUGCUGGCUGGAUUCCAGGGAGUGGGACGUUUAGGCCACAUCAUGGAGUACCACACAGAAACAGACAAGUGGGUGAUGUCGAGCAAAGAGCGCGCCUUUCCCGUCACCAGCUGUCUCAUCUGCGUGGUGGACACAUGCGGAGCCAACGAAGAAGACCUGAGCUCUUUUCAUGAACCUUCACCAUCAACAUCGACAGCCUCGUCAUCCUCCUCUUCCUCCUCGUCCUUAGGAGGAUGCUCAUCAUCAGCUCCUACAGGACAUACACACUGCUAAUUACGGAUUAACUGUAAUUGUAAAUGAUAUUAAUGUAAUUUAUGUACA